AGCUUCUUUAUUUGGGCGCCAUUUUUCGAACGAUCGUUUUGUUGUUGCUGGAUUUGGUAUCUUUUCAUCGUUUUUAGCCACUUUCAAAACGUUUUCGUUCCUUUUUUUAUGAUGCCUUCACGGUAUAACAGUGUCAGAAGUAUUUUUGAGGAAGCUCAGCGUGGAAUUCAGCACCACAAAAAGCUACUGACCGAACUGAAAAAGCUUCAUGACAGCUCCUCACAAGAUGAGUUCCAGGAAAGUUUUCUCUGGCAUUUGAAACAUGCCAUGGUAGUGUUCAACAGAGAACCUGCUGUUGAAAGAGUCAUUGAUUUUGCGGCCAAGUAUGCUACAUUGAAGGAUCACCGAACUUCUGAGACUCAGAAGGUAAAAGAUAUAUAGUAUAGAAUGUUCAGUAUUUAAACGAUUUGAUUUGUAGAACUUCUUUCAGAGUGCUCAAUAUUAAAACUCGAGCGUGAUUAUAACAGGACGGGUAAAUCAACUUUAGACGUGACUUGGCGUUUUAUUACUAUUUAAUUUCGUACUACGCAACUAGAGUAGCACUCUGCAAAAUUACGGGACGGUGUGUCAUGGGAAAAAAAUUUGCUGGGCAUUUGCUGGGCUGCAAGGCAUUCAGCCCCAUGACUUUUUUCCGUUGCUACAAAUAGUGUUUUCUGCAUAAUUCAAUAAGCCACCAUAGAGUCAAACUGUUAUGCACCUAAAACUCAAAAUUGUUGGACCGAGUACUACCGUAAACUUUUGAUUAUUCUAAUAAGCCCCCCUACCCCCACCAUAGACCUCUUUCAUAAUGGUGGCCUGUUAAUAUAUUCUUUUAUUAGUGUGAUAAUGAGCCUUUCUGACCUCGUUAGCAUGUAAAAUACAAAAGAAUUCUUACUUUCAAAUGAGGUCAGAAAGGCUGAUUAUCAUACAUAUAAAAGAAUAUAUUAAUAAGCCGCCAUUAUGAAAGAAGUUUAUUAAAGCCCAGCUACACAGUACACCUAAUUGCAAUAACAUUGUGUUAGACAAAUGAAAAAAAGAAAAAGCCAAAUAGGAAUUAAUUAGGCUAAUAAAGGGUAGUGAAUUCAUUUACAGCAUCCUCACAUGGACGUCACAUGGCACGUUAGAAUUUGCUAUUGUUUUAAAGCUGAAAGACAAUAAAAAAAAUUCCAGCGGGGAAAUGCAGCAGCUGCAAAUGAAUCCACCCUGAGAAUGUGGCUUUAUUAGCCUGAUUAAUUCCUAUUUGGCUUUUUCCUUUUUUCCUUUUUUUACGACAACGUUAUUGCAAUUAGGUGUACCUGUAAACAAAAGUUAUAAGCCCCCAAAACCAACAUAAGCCCCUGUCUAUCUUGUAUGGCAAUGAAAUCAACUUUUUACGAAGUUUUGAAGCCUAAAAAAGUGAUCAAAUUCAAAAAGUAUGUUGAUCAAUACUGCAAUGUAGCAUGUUUUGAAACACUUUUAUAAUUUGGUUAUAACCCCCACCCCUCCCCCGAAUAUAAAACCUCCUCUCCCUUCCCCUCUGUUUAUAAACCCUCCUAAAACCCCUUACGAAGUUGUAUAAGACCAGCACUUAUAUAUAAUCGGAAGUUUAUGGCAUUUGUUUCAUGCUCUCUCAAUCUCAGGUAUUUUUAGACUCAGGAGCCUGUAGAGGUACAGGCCAUAAUUUUGGUUUUUAUCACUUUCCUUUUACUCCAAAGAUGCGUGUUAAGACAGAUGUACAAACAUGUGCCUCAAUAUGCAAUUGACUGCAGAAGUCAGAGUUACAUGUACUGAUAUAAACCACUCCUUUUUUACAACCCUUUAGAAUCGCCAAGGAAGUGAUGAUGAAGAAGACAAUGCCAGCAAUGCCUUCCUUGAUUUCCUCUUCACAUUCCUACUAGACUCACAUGAAGCUAAAGACAAAGCAGUGCGGUUCCGUGUUUGUCAACUUAUCAACAAACUUUUGAACAACAUGGAUGAUGAUGCAGUCAUUGAUGAUGAUCUUGCUGAUAGGAUCUUUGAGAGUAUGUUGACACGUCUCCAUGACAAGUUUCCUGCAGUGAGGGUUCAAGCUGUUGCUGCAAUCUCGCGACUCCAGGAUCCAACAGAUGCUGAAUGUGCUGUGAUUUCUUCUUAUUUAAAGCUCAUGUCAAGUGAUUCUAGCGCUGAGGUUCGCAGAGCCGUGCUUCUGAACAUUGCUCUCUCCACUCAAACACUAGAGGGGGUUAUAGGUACUGCACAACAAAACUGUUUAUAGUUAAGUAUUUAAACAAAGGGAGGAAGAGGAAAAUGAAUAAAUGAUUAAACAUAUGAAUAAAUAAAUAAUUAAAGCAAAUGUUGAGGGGUAGCAUGUCCACAUAGUGGUUCUUCAUCUACCUGAUUCCUGGUCAAAUUUAAUAUUAUUGGAAUUUGGAUAGGGAAGUGAUUUUUGUCUGUUGUUACCAGUCUCUUAUGGCUGGAGACAAUAGAAGUGAAGGUCUUAAAGAAAACCUCACUUUGCAAGCUUGUUUUACAGUUUUCAUGUUGUUUAUGGGUAGUGUUUUUUGGUUUUGUUAUUCAGGAAGGACUCAAGAUGUUACAGAAUCAGUGCGCAAGUUGGCUUAUCGCAUUCUAGCAGAAAAAGUGAACAUCAGAUCGAUGUCGAUUGCUCAGAGAAUGCAGCUCCUGUCAAAUGGAUUAAAUGACAGAUCAGAUUCUAUUAAAGAGCUGUGUACUCAGGAACUUCUUGGUGGUUGGCUGAAAAGUUUUGACCGGGAUGUCAUCCAGCUGCUCAUGUGUUUAGAUGUGGAGGGCUGCACUGAAGUAGCUGAUCUAGCUGUAAAAGCAGUACUCAAAGGUACUGAUCAAUGUGUACAUAUUCAGUGCACAUGGGCCAGUAGUAGUAGUCAAUUGAUUAACGUUAGGUUAAGUUGUAUUUGUCAUAUCAGGUCUUUUUAGGCAUAACAGGUUGCAUGCAUUUUCAAGCUAGAUUUAAAAAGCCUCUACCAGCCCAGAAAUAACUUUUUAAUUGACCAGCUUGGCUUUGUGGGCAUAGUAAAUCAUAGCAAUAGCUUAGAUCUUUGAAGCCUGAUUAGUACUAAAGCAGGUUUAAUUGAGUUAGCAUGCGGUAAACCCAGGAUUAGGGCAAAUCAAGAACGAACAUUAGGUAGCCAUGGCUAUUUGUACAACACAGUCUGUAGACACUGGUGAAACCUUUCUUGGUAUCAUGUACAACUCUAUCAACCUUCACGAACACAUUCAAUCUGUAUUAUAUCAUUCAAUGGAGUAGAAAAGUGUGUGUGGAUAUUUUUCGCUUGAACACCAACAGUCGUUUUUGCAUCCUGUGAUUAUCAUUGUAGGAUUGCCAAAAGAAGAUCUUCAAAUGUACAUCAACUUGUUAAAGAAGGGCCAGGAAGAGGAAGGUCCAGUAAGGAUCAAAUAUGAAACUCUUGAUGCUGAGACAGCUUUUUACUGGAGGUGCCUUGGAGAACAUGUAAAGACUAUGGGAGUUGAUGGUGAAGAGCUCUUGGAUGAACUUCUUCCAGAAGUGUCUGGGUUUUGCAAGUACAUUCAGGGGUAUGUUUUUUGUAUGACUGUAAAAGCUGUGAACUACAUGUACUUGUAAGUAAAUUCUCUCUAAACACUCAGACACCUCCCUAGCACACGACACAUAACAUGGACACUCAAUCUCUACAGAAGACUCCUCUUAAAGACAUGGUUUCCAUUUACACAACAAGGGAAACUUUUGUAAAUGUGGCACCAUUGCUUUUGUGAUAUGGAAAUGCUUAUUAAUUUCAGGUAUGUGGAAAGCUGUUUAUGCAGUCACUCUUCAGAGGAGAAUUCAGAAAUUCAACACGUAUUUGUAAUCCAGCAACUUCUGACUUUGCUCGGUGUGGUUGACCUAUCUGAUGAAGUUGGAAGGUAUUUACAGUGUAGCAUUUUAUGAAUGGAAAUACUACAGCCACUCUUUUCCUCAAGUGUCAGCAAAUUGUACAGCAACAUGGAGACAUAACUGAAACUGAAAUUUGUAUGGGUAGCUGCACAUUAUUAAGCAGACAUGAGUUUUAUUUGUUGUAUAUUAAAAAAAAUAGCCAAUUAUUUUAAAGGAAACAGAAAAUUAAUUCAAACCAAAGGUGUUUGAAGUAAACAGGCUCUAAAAAAGCAGUGAAGCAGAUGAAUCAUAUAAAUGUAUUCAUACUGUACACAAGGCUCCACAGGUUUAAAAUAAUAGGCAAUUAGAGUAAGAAGAAGCAAAUCUUUGUCAUUUUUCAACAAAAAUAAUAAUACUUCCUGUGAUUAAGUAUUGUAACAGUUAGAAGAAUGAAAGGGUUGCAAGAUCAAAUUAGAGGCUGCAGUGCAAUUAACCAGGCUAAGGGUUCAUUUCUUUUUUCCAGGAAAAACCUCUGUCAAAUGCUGCACGACUUACUGGUAUUGCCAGAGGUUCCAGAGUCGUUAAUAGGAGUUCUUCAUGCCAGGUACAUGGAUAUUCAACCAGAAGAAAACAACAGAAUUCAGGAGCUGGUGGAGAUUAUUGCUGAUGUUAGACAACCCAUGGUCAUGAUAGAGACUGCUCAAAACAAGGAGGAAAAACGACAAUGGGAACUUAAGGUUGUCCCUUGAUCAUGCACCUAGAGUCUCUGAUAUAAAUUCAUUUAACUGGCAGAACUAGUGCAUGUACCAUGAUUUACUGAUUUAGACAGUUAUCCUGGUUUUUGUGUUUUCUGUAACAUACAUGUAUGUCACCAACAUUCAAAGCUGAAAUCACAUGGACAACACUAUACACUUAAUAUCUGAUCCCGAGGGGAAAGAGGUAGUUUUGUUUUCCCGAGAGUCUUGAUGUUUAUUGAGACGAAGUAGGGGGAAACAUCAGGAUUCGAGGUUGGUCAUCAGGCUUGCCUUUUAUCAGAUGCCUCAUAAAACUCAGCUCAGUGACGACACAAAAUAUUCGUUGACUCCAUAUUACGUGUAUUUCAGGUUGCUGGAAUUCGUGUCAAGCUGAACCAGUUCCGUGAUGAAAUGGAGCAAUGUGUGUUAAACCAGGAAUUUUCAAAAGCAGCAGAGCUAAAGCAGCAGAUCAUAGAACUAGAAGAGCAGAAAGAGUUACUUGAUUCACAGGAGAAUUCUUUCUCUCAGACAGUCAGGUCUGAAGAGAAGGUAACAUAUACUAUUAAUUUUUCUCUGUGUGCCAUUCCCAAAGCAAGAAAAAAAUUGAAAAUGAAGAGAAGAAAAAUUUAAUUUGAAUUUUCGGCACAUGCAUUAGCCUGCAUGGGAGGCACUGGAAAAUAUUUAAUAAUAAUGAGCACAAGAGAGAAUGGUGUGUGCAAGGGAGACGCGUAUCCCCCUCUUGUUCAUAUUACUUUCAAGCACCUGCUGUGCAUCUACACAUGCAUGAAACUGAACACCUCUAGACUGACAACAGAAAUGGAGCAAGCAUUUGCAGAUGGCAUUGUUUGAUAGUUGUUCCUCAGUUUGUUUAGGUGGUGGUGAGAAAAAGGCUACAUGUAACUUUUCAGCUGUAAGGGUUUUGUGUGCAAAGAAUUCAUGAUUCAAUAAUUGGUUACUGAAUACAUUUUCAGUAGUUUUAUUUUUCUUUGUCUCAGGAUGAUCCAGACACACUAUUGAAGUGUCUAACUGUUGCCUCCGAGAUGCUGCAGGGCGUGACCACAAGUGGUCUCAACCCUACUCUCAUGACACUGGUUCAAACUUUGGUGAGCAUUUCUGAGUUACAGGAAACUCUUUGUGAUUCUCCAUUUGAACAAACGUCUACCUAACAGGGCCGUAUAUCUUUCAUUUCAUUUGUAGAACACUUUAAAACGCUAUGGAUGUAACUAGCCUCUUUUGCAGGUGCCGAUUAGUUUUUUUGGAUAGUUUUUAUAGAGUGUGUGUGUCCUCAAAAUUUUUUCCUUUACCCUAACAAAACGCAGGCUAGGAUGUAACUGUCUGUAACUCUACAUUUACAGCAAGAGCUUCUUAACAGGAGCUUGCUAGCCUGUGGUUGCCUAGAAGUUGUUUGUCGUUUCUAAAGUUUUGUUGAAACAUAUACAAGUUGAAAAGUUUGCCCGCUAAUUUUCAGAAGGGGAGAGGGCGGCUGUACACAGGCUAAGCCUCUAACAAAAUAAUUCUUUGUACUUGCAGCUAGAGAGAGAUGGUACAACAGCUUAAAUAAUCUUAAAUCUCUAUCUUUUUAAUAUUUGAGGCUUUUGUAAUACAUUUAGCUUUGUUCAGGUCUGUAAACAGAGUUGAUUCCCCCAAUCCCCAACCAAUUUUAUUCAAAAGGAUAUUGUAAAAGUAUUUUCUUGAAGAGGUCGACAUAUGUCAACGGAAGGUUUUUGUACCAACUGACUCAAAAGCUACAACAAGUGGUAAUAAAGUUUAGUUGUGUUGAUUUCUGAACACAAUCGAACUUUUUCGCAGAACAUGUAUUAACGUGAAGUUUGUAAAUGACUUUUAACUCCAGAUCCUGCCUGGUGUACAGAAUGAGGAUCCUUUAGUGCGGAACAUGGCUGUCAAGUGUUUGGGCCUGUCUGCAUUACUUUCCUGUGAAUUUGCUCGUACCCAUCUUGUUCUAUUUCUUCAGGUAAUAUGGCAGUGGUAAUGCUUAUUAAAAAGGGCUAGAUUUUACUAGAAAGAGAGUGGAGUCAGUCAUAUUUAAUAGUCGUGAAAGCGCUUGUGACCGUGUAAAACUUAACAGUAGGUGACAUAUGAAACAGAGUCGCAAAAUUCAAAACGUUGCCAUUUCCUUCCAUCUCCGUUUUCUAUCUAGUGCGAACCAGAUUGUCUGAGUCAGAAGUAGAAGCCGAAGAAUAAACCAAUCACAAUGCUUGUUGGAUGCUCCGUUGGUUUGAUUUUCCUUCCGUAUCAUCUACUCAGCGCUUCUGAUUACAAUUUUGACUCCGUGUGUAAUGAAAGCCGGCUUCAGUAAACUGAUUCUCAUGCACUAAACGUGGCGUCCACAGAAUCUGCAAGAAGUAUUAAACUUUUUUAAUUCGGUCGUUAUACCUGAAUCUGUGAAUUUAACACAAAGAUCACCAAGCCUAUUUUUCAUUUGCCUCAUUGUUGAAGACUCCCUCCUCUUGGUGCAUUCACAAAAGUACGUGGGCAUUAAUUACUUAAUUCCUAUCCUCAUUUCAUCUAUGUUUUUGCACAUGUUGCAGUUUACAUUCGCAUGUUUCACGGGGCCUGUUCACAGUAUUAGUGGCGUCAUUGCUCAGUUGAUUAGAGCAUCGCAGUGGUGGCGCAAAUUAAUGGGUUUAAACUCUGGCUUCUUUCCGCAGUUGCUGAUGCGUUCGUACCCGCGGCGUUCACCUUUUCAUUAAAAAAAAUGAGACACUCACAGUAAAUAAAGAAAAGCCAGCUGAUCUGGUGAUAAAUUUGUCUACUGGCUUUUUAGUUCAACUGUUUACUUGGGAAAUAGAAUCAAGCAAAUUGUGGCAUUUGUUUUUUACACUCGCAGGUUGCCCAACUUGACCAGGAACUUGUCCGAGUAACAGCUCUCCAAGUUGUCUUUGAUCUUCUUCUCAAGUUUGGACUCGAGGCAUUUAAAGUCAAUGCUGCUGUCCCUGACCUGGACAACAGUGAACCAAGCACAGUUUCAGAACAGGACAAAUCCGGGACAGAGGACGAUGAGGAAGAAGCAGAAACUGAAGAAGGAGAAGCUGAUAAUGAAAAGGAUGAUGAACACGAUGAGAUCCCAGCUCCUGACACAGAUACAGCAGCUAGUGUGUUGACCAUACUUACAGGAAUUCUAGAGACUGAGGUACUGUUGACCAGGUUAGCGGUACAUCAGUGCCGGUAGAUACGUACAGCACAAGUCAGAACAGCUUGCAUUUUAGAACAUUGUUUUCAGCCUCCUUCCCAGUCGUCCUCGGUGAUUUCGAAUGUGACGUCACCUGUCAAUAUGGCACUCGGUUCCAACCCCCCUUCCGCCCACUCGAAUAGUGCGAACAGGCCUGUGGACUUGCCUGUGGAGGUUGCGUACGUUUUAUUUUGAGUUUGCAAGUCUAGCUACAAACGCAACUCUCCCAUAUUUUUUCUAUUUAGCAUCUUCAAGUGAAUUUCCUCUAUCAUGUAUGUGUAAGUCUGUUAAAGUUGAGCAGGGUUCAACUUUUAUACGCGCGACCUUUCAUACACCUCAGAAAGUGGAAUUCCACCCUUAUAGCAUUAAUUUCUUGGAUUUUAUUCGUAUCCUCUACAGAGUAAUGAUCUACGCAAUGUUGCUGCCGAGGGUCUGGCCAAGCUGCUGUUAUCAGGCCGUGUUCUGAGUGCCAAACUGUUCUUACGUCUGUUGCUGUUGUGGUAUAAUCCCACCACUGAAGAUGAUGUCAACUUGAGGCAUUGUCUGGGUGUGUUCUUCCCUGUAUUCGCCUUUGCCUCACGGUAUGUACAUGUAUUUGAACAAAGCUGUCCUCAAGUGCAGCAAGGCAAUCAUUGCAGAGGGUCUACAGGGAAAGGCACUAACGAACGUCGAGGGUGUCCUGUAGUGUGGAGGGUGUCAAAGUUACUGCUAAACACAGAUGCCCAACAAUGCAAUUUUAAUAAACUGAAGGAGUCAUUUUUUGUAGUUUUGUAGUUUAUUGCUUCUGCUUGAAACUAAAGAGUGCAAAUAACGUUUUUGUUUAUGGGAAUAUCGAAGGAGACUCUCAGCAAAAAAAGGCGACUAAAGAGUAUGAGCUAGCGACCAAAAUUUUUGGAUUAAUCGCUCGCAUUACCAAGGCUACUUAAUAAAAAAUUUAAUUUGAGCCCUGCUGAUGUAAGUGAAAAGCUACCAAAAAGCUGAAGUAGAAGGUUACGAAAGGUUCGCUUUCUGAUUGUGUUCGUGAAGUUAGCGCUUUAAAACUGAAGGAGGAAAAAUUUUGCUCGACUACUCACCCUGGCAGAUAUUGAGAGUCAAUAAGUACAAGAGGUUUCACUCUGUCUGAACUACUCUAAUUUGGAAAACCGUACUAGACAGAAUACUACCACUGCAAUACAUACCUACUCCAUUGACUAUUUGACCAACUGGCAUCUGUCCACUGUAUUUUUUAGCACGAACCAAGAGCUUGUGGAGGAAGCCUUCCUUCCAACUCUGCAGACAUUGUUUAGUGCUCCUGUGUCAUCUCCACUAGCGUCAGUAAACGUAAAUAACGUGGCUGAGCUGUUGGUGCAACUGACAAACUCUAAAUAUUUGGCAAAGCAAGGAAACUCCAUUGACAACACUGAGGUACAUAUGCGAUUAGUAGAACACAGUUGAAUCAGUAUUUGACGAUAGACAGGUGUUGGACAGUCUUUAUUAAUGGUUCAAUUUUAUCCUUGUAUAAAGUGUUAUCUUCCUCUGUGUAUAAUGUGUGAUAAAGAGUUUGAAACAAAGGGAAAUAAAUUUUAAAUCAAGGAUUAAAUUAAACCACCAAAUGUAUACACCAUCACAGCUUUCUUCAUCUAGCCGAUUCGAAUCCUCUUCCGUUCAGCAGGUUUUAGCAAUAGUCGUUCCGGCGGAAAAGUUCUUUAUGCGUUUCCUAUAAAAUAAUAUGAUUUACAAGUAUGGACUAUGAAGUAGAAGGGAUCCCGAGCCCUACCUUUGGACACGACCCAGUGGCGCACCUUCUGAACAGAGAAAAGCUCCUAGUACUAUAUACAGAUCCUUUUUGUGCCCCUGUGACUUUACACUCUGUAGUCUAGCACCUUACUAAUUGACCUAUUAAACAAUAUUACUGAAUAAGGCGCCAUUUUGUCAUCUUACACUAAUUGAGAAUGUCUUCUUACAGGUGUCUAGCAUUCAUGUAUCGCUGAGUCUAGCAGUGGCCAAUGAGAUCUUAUCUGCUCCCGAUGCACCUGGUGUACGGGUGCUCUGCAAGAUCCUCACGAUGAUGGCCCUUACUGGCUGCGCACAGUCAACCAUCAAGGAAAUGAAAAUUCUAACUGCAAGAAUGAUUGAGGUACCUGUGAUGCUAUGCAUACGUUUUCUUUUUGAAUCAUCACCAGCGUCAUUGCACAGGCCCAUACCCUACGCAAAAUGUACAGGGUUCGCCAGAUUUACCGUAACCUUUUUUUUGUUUUGGUCCAUUUAAAAAUGCUGUUUCUGGGAGUUUCGUCACACCUCCGAGCACAACGCAAAAAAAGACAAUGCCUUUGCAUUUUGUACAUAAAAUCACAAUUUUCAGAAGAAGUUUUAAACUAGCUAUUACUUGUAAAAUACUUCUUUUAAUUUGUUGAAAAUCAGAUGAUCUCCCAGAAUCUGAAUGGCUAUUUUUCAAUGUCUCUGACAAGUACAAUAACCUAAUCCAUUUUCUCAUGAUGAUAUUUAUCAUAUCAAAUACGUGUUUCUAGGCUAUUGAGGAUAAUGUGUCUUUGAAAGCACUAAAUAAAUUUCAGAAGUUGCUGCUGGUUCUGACAGAUUCCGAAAACGGUAAGAUAAGAAGUGACAUUUAUACUUGUCUCAGCUACGGGGAGGUAAAAAUUAGUUCAUGUUGACACUUAUCUUUGUACCAGUGAGAUAACAAUACAUAUUUAUACUGUUUCUUCGCCCGUUUCUGUAAUGCCAGAACCUCCAAUCUUUUGUUUUUUUUUUUCUGAAAUAUAAUUGAUAUUCCUUUCUAGUCGUCAAUCGGUCCUCAGUGUCAAUUGGUGUUAAUCGCAAGCCGGUUUAGAUAGCCUGUCUUUUGAAGAUUCAUCAUGCGUCUGGGUUACUUCAGCAAUUUGACCAUCGAGUGUAGUUGCUUUGCCGGAUAUGUUAAUCAUAAACAAUGUAUUUGAUUUAAACCGUUUGAUACUCUUACAGAAGGCGGAGAUGCCUCGCAGACAGAACCUGAGGAGAAUACCCAAGGACAUGCCCAGGAAACAGAAGGUUCCUAUGAGACUAAUGGAGGUGAAACAGUCGUACCUAAUACGGAAUCCUCAGAGAUAUUCCAAGGGACUGAUUGUCCUUCUGAAGAUGGGGCGCCCACAGAAAGGCUGCAAUGUCACACAGAAGAGACAGGUACACCACUUAGUGGUGAGUAAGCUUGUAGUGAUUUGAAGUAUUAAAGUAGUGUAGAGUGCCUCCAUUUGACCCCAUUUGAAGAGACGCCAAUUUAGUCUUGUGUUCAGGGGCCUGUUUCUCGAAAGUUCCGGUAACUUUUCGGGCCUGGAAAGCUGUUUUGUGUUUGUUGUGUUUGCAUUCAAGAGCAAAGUUUCAAUAAUUUACAAAAUAAUACAAUGAAACUAUCAGUUGACGAAGCAAAAUUGACUGGUUUGUGGGCCAGGAACUGUGCUACUAUUGAAGUGGUAGGGAUUUUAAAAUUUGCCUUCGGGCCCGAAAAGUUAACGGGCCUUUCGAGAAACGGGCCCCAGGUCCUGUGAGAAUAGCCUUCCGUUGUGUUAAAGUAUGAUUCUAAUGGAGGAUUUUUUAGUUGAACAGCGAUGCUUAGGUAUUGUAUUUAUACGCCAUUUGUGUGAGUAGGUAUUAGGCUUUUGUACAUUAUGCUAGCAUUUUUUCGAGCAUUUUAGUGAGGCAAAAGCAUUGAGCAUUCGAGCAUUUUAGUGGCAUUUUUCCCGGAAAAUUAAUUUUUCCGAGAAAAUAAAAUAGAAAUUAACUUUUUUCAGGAGCCCAUGCCCCACGAGCUCCUGCGUUUUUAAAGAAAAUGAAGACUAAAACUCAAAAUUCACAAAAAACCUAAUACAGCUGGGUUUUUUGGCUGUAUUUAUGAACUUGUACACGUUGUCGUUGUUACUUGCAACACUUGCACGUUUUUGUGAGUGUNGGAAAAUUAAUUUUUCCGAGAAAAUAAAAUAGAAAUUAACUUUUUUCAGGAGCCCAUGCCCCACGAGCUCCUGCGUUUUUAAAGAAAAUGAAGACUAAAACUCAAAAUUCACAAAAAACCUAAUACAGCUGGGUUUUUUGGCUGUAUUUAUGAACUUGUACACGUUGUCGUUGUUACUUGCAACACUUGCACGUUUUUGUGAGUGUAAACUUUGAAAGUAAUUUUAAAGACCGUUUGUAUAAUGAGCAUUAUCCGAGCAUUUUAUUGACUUUUUUGGGGAGACCGAGCAUUUUAGUGGGAAAAAUGGAGCAUUAAAGUGGAGAAUUUUAGUGGGGAAGCAAAAGCAUAAUGUACAAAAGCCUAGUAGGUAUGCUCACGCUUCGUGUCAACCACACAACAGUUAAGGCAAGUGUCUUUCGUUUUUCCUUACUGAUUGCCGCCUUGAUAACUUACAUUGAGUUCUGGAUUGUGUACAGCUCAUGUCCUGUGCUUCUGUCCGGCCGUAAUUUGUGUCAUGCGCGAUCCUUCUUUCUGAUUUUAGGAUUAAAAUAAUUUCAUUUUCUUAAUGCAUCAGUACAUGUACUUAAAAAGUUUUUUUUUCUGUUUUUUAUAGUUUCAGAGAAUACAUGUGAGGUCCCACACAAUGACAAAAGUCAAACUGAAAAUAGACCACCAAAAUCUAAAACUAGAACAAAGAGCAAGAAAAAAACAACAAAAUCAACCGCUGAGGUGAACCAACUAAGGUAAGAUGGGUUGGAUGGGUAUAAAUAUUGCUGCAUCUCAAUUGCAACAUGCUAUUUUCUUUAUUAGAGGUUAAAAAUGUUAUUCCUGGUAAAGUUAUAGCAAGCCCCGGCGCUUCUUUUUCUCGUGCCUCACACCUGGUUUUUGCGCCACCACACAUUUUAAGUUACGGGGACAAGCCUAAUCUGAAGUUACCUGGGAGCUAUUUCUGCCUUUUUUCGUUGCGUUUCUAUUUUUGUUUUCCAGUCCCUCCCGUGUGAUGAGCGAAGACACGCCAGCAAGAAGAACAAGAUCUACCAGGUACAUUAAAAGAGUGCUUCAGAUGAUCAGUUUCAGGCCUGGCAAUAAUUUUUCUUAUUAGGAAGGACCUAUUGCUGAUCAUGUCACCGUUUUAGCUGUACAAACCACAAGAGCUGUUGAAAAUACAGUCGACUCUCUCUUAGCGAACACUUUUAUAAAGACGGCCACCUAGAAUCGGUCCCUGGUUUUCUUUAUUCCCUUUAUUUGACUUCACUGUGAGACGGAAGUCACUCUUCGACAGCGGUUCCAAAGGUGUUCGUCUUAAAGUUAACUUUUCACUAGAUUGACUUUUAAAGUUUCUUUGUUUACUAUGCGAAUCUUCAGCUACAAAAUGCUGGCAUGUCCGGUUUCAUGUGGUAUUUUGUCGGACAUGAGCAGAUUCGAUUCCGAUGACCGACUGUUAUUUGCAGCUCGACAUUUAUUUACUAUUUAAGAUAUAUUUAUUUGUACUUAAGCUAUCGGUUCACACGCGUGUCCUUUUUGAAUUUUUUGACUCAUACAAACUCAAGCGUUCACAGCUUCUGCCGUGAAAUUAAAUUUUUAUGGUCACACCAUGAGAGGCAUGCACGGAGGCGCAAAGGUAUAUCCCGUAAAACGUGAUGAGAGUGACGCACUCGAGUACACACGCACAUGCCCUCUUUCUUCGGGCUUAUCGCUCUGCUUUCCCGCGCCCAACAUUUCUCUUUUGUGAACUUUUCCCAUGCGCUCGCUCGCUAAACGUUAGAGCCCAUGGGCGCUUUCCAUUCAACCCAGCAUUCCGGAAAUUUCGGUUGGUACAUCAAAUGGAACGGACCAUUUCGGUUUGGUCCGACCGGAAUAUUCGGGACCAGCUUUGAAGGUGGUCCACUUUGACCGGACUGGUUAUCUCGGUCGGUCGGACCCAAAUGCCCCUUUCUGUUUGACAAAAUUGUUCUCCCCAGUACCGCUCUUUUGUAUCCUGCUAACAAGAACAAUAACCAAACGCGCGGUACCCUGCGAACAGCAGACGUACUUCCGGUCGUCGCUUCUCUCCCUCCGGAAUGUACCGUUCCAUUAGGCACGUGGAAUUUCCGAAAUUGUGUUUAAUGGAAAGCGCCCCAUGUCUUUGGAAGUGAAAUUCGCGAGGAAGGUUUUUUUUCGCUCAAAACUGUUGCAAUUUUAAGGAUAUGUUACACGGGACGAUUCACUACGAAAUGUUGUAGCGCAACACAAUUGUGCACGCGUGAUCCGUUGGAAACGGACGUGUUACACGGGACGUUUUUUGGCGCAACAAAGGAAGCGAAAAGGGUACGCAAAAGGCGUCGCGCAAAGAAUUGACAACACGUUUGUUGCACGAAACACGGAAUUCGUGACUUGUUGUCCAACUUUUAGAGCCUCUUCAACUAUUUGCAACGCGAAAAUUGUGCACAAAAUUGUAAGCGCGUUCGGCAUCAACUUAUGACGCAACAUCGUUCCGCUAAUAAUCAUCGUUGCCGAUCGUCUUGUGUAACAUCACUUAAGACAGAACAAAUCACUGACUGAACUUUUUAUUCACAGGAUAAGCAAGAAGAAUGCUGGCAAAAAGUUAGCUACCUCCGCGAUAAAUUCAGAUGAGGACAACAGUGAAAAAGAAAAUGUUUGCAACGAUUCCGAUGAUGUUUUUGCCUGA